AUUGCUUGUAGUUUGUAGUCAAGUAAAGAUCAACAAGUAUGGCUUCACAAAUUGAAGAGCUCCGACAAUUUCGCCUCUCAAUUCAAGUAUAAGUGAGAAGAGAUUCCUCUCUCAAGUGUAAGUUCUUCAUCAAACAGCUCAAACAUUCUUCUUCCAUCAUCAUCAAAUAAGAAAAAAUCCUCUUGAAAUCCACACUUACAUCCUCUCCCAACAAUCCUCACACCAUGGCCGCCCCCUUCCCAUCCCCAACCCCAACCUGGCACGACAACACCUACCCAUCCCUCUCCCCCAGCCGACCAGAACUCUCCGCCAAAGGGAAAACCGUCCUAAUAACAGGCGGCGGCUCCGGAAUCGGCGCCCGCACAGCCCUCUCCUUCGCCGAAGCAGGCGCGUCACGAAUCGCCCUCCUCGGCCGCCGAUCCCAACCUCUCCUCUCCACCAAAUCCUCUAUCCAGGAACAAUACCCCCAAGUCGAAAUCUCCACCUUCCCCACGGACAUCACGAACCAAAAAGCAGUCCACGCCGCAUUCGCCUCAUUCCUCGGCAGCGAUGGCAAACUCAACAUCCUAAUCAGCAACGCCGGCAUGGUCGGGACUCAAGACCCCAUAAAAGCCGUCGACGUCGACAAGUUCAUGGAAGCAGUUGACCUCAACCUACGAGGGGCUCUGAACGUCGCUCAGGCUUUCCUCCAGUACGCAGCAGCAGAUGCGGUAGUCGUCGAGACGAACUCGUCUGCUGCGCACGUGAAUUUCAGUGACAAGUUUGGGGCGUACAGUGUUGCGAAGAUGGCGUUGUUUAGGAUGUGGGAUUUUCUGGGGGCGGCGCAUCCGGGGUUGAGGGUCUUUCAUACGCAGCCUGGGGUGGUGGAUACGGAUAUAAAUAAGGAGUCGGGUGGUGUUGAUGCGGUGGGGUUUCAGGAUGAUGUCUCUCUUCCAGCAACCUUCAAUGACUGGCUCGCUAGUCCAAAAGCUCGCUUCCUGAAAGGUAAAUUCCUGUGGUCGAACUGGGAUGUAGAUGAGCUCAAGGCCCAAAAGAAAGAGAUUGAGGCGGGUAAACUUACAAUGGGGCUUGUUGGGUGGCCGUUUUCACCUGAGAAUGCUAGUUGGAAGGCGACUUGGAACUCUAAGGAUGCUUAUUAAUAGAACUUGGGCUUUGAUUAUAUUUCAAGCUGGUGGCAGCUGACUCGAGGUGUUGUUUAGGGUAAUUAUACAGGUUGAAAUUUG